ACCUCCUAGUGCUGAUGAUGUCUCAAACCCCAAAUGUCCUCACAAAUUAAUCUUAAACAUGUCUCCCCAACGGGCCACCACAAAUUUCCUAAAACAUUCCCCAGACAAAACAUUUCUCUCUUCAUGCGCAUCUCAGAUCUCAGACCUCAGUUAUGUGAGGUUGAUGUGAUGCAGUGUUGGAGGUCGGAGUGUUUGAUCCGCAGGGGGUCCCGGGUGUGGACCUGACCGACCUGACCGGCCUGACCGUCCUGGAUCACUGAAAGCCCCCGGGCUCACCGUGGACAGGUGCGCGGCGUGUCUGCGCAUGCGCAGUGCUCCCCGGCUCGACAAGUUAGUGUUAAGAUGGCGGCGGCCGCGGCGGAGCAGGUAACACAACCUGUUUGAUCUUCCCCUUUGAUCUCCAACACCGAGCAGCGUCUCCGCCGGACUGAAAGAGCACGAGCGCGGAUUGAACCGGAUGUCGGGGGAAAGUCUCUGAACUUUGUGUCUCCGUGUGUGUGUGUGUGUGUGUGUGUGUGUGUGUGUGAGAGAGAGAGACGCAGCGCUGUGAUGAAGCAGGAACACAAACACGGAGAUGAUUGAAGUCGCGGCUGAACGGAAGUGAACUUUAGUUUCUAUAUCGGAGCGGCCGGUGAUUAGCGCGCGCGCUACAGUGUUAUUACCGCCACGGCACGCGGAGCAGCGGGCAGAGAGUGUGUGUGUGUGUGUGUGUAAGUGUGUGCUCCUGAACAUCUUAACUUCAUGCCGGAUUUCUGCGCGUCUGAAGACAAGAGGGACAGUGUGAGGAAGUGUGUCCAUCAUCAUCAUCAUCAUCAUCAUGGACAGACCGGUGCGGAGGACGUGUGGAGGUGUUGUAGAGACACCAGGCACUGAACAAGGCAUGGAGAACAGGACCAACCCGGAGGACAAAGGUGUUCACGCCUCUGAAAACGGCUCCGUCUUCGGACCGGAAGCUCCCGAUCUCCUCCGCGGCGUGUGUGUGGGCUCCACGCCGCCGGACCGCUGCUCCUCUUCCGGCUGUGGUGAGGAGGAGCGGGACAGCGUGGCGUCGCAGGACUCGGGCAUCCCGACGCUGGAGCUCAGCUCACCUGAGGCGUCAGACGAGUCGCACAGCGCCGAGCCCGUAAACACGAGACACCGAGACGCCCCGGCCACACUGAAGCUCGAGACCGUGGGCCAGGGCGGAGCUUCGAGUCAGGUCAAGGGUGGGGUUUUAAGCUACAGGGACUCCGCCUCCGUGUGCAGCACCUCCAGCCUGAGCACGGACUUCUCGGCCACACUGUCGCUCGGCAACGACGACGCCGCGGGUGACUUCGUGGUGACGUCAGACUCGAGCGCGGUGGUCGAUUUUCAAGAUUUCGCCGACUUCUCUCAGUUCCCUCAAGCCUCGCCUGCAAGUAGCUCACAGACAGACGAUCAGCCGCAGCGUCGUGACGAGUCAGCGGUGAGGAAGGAGAGUCCGAUCGCGAACUUCUUCAACAGGAGUCUGUUCUCUAAGAAGGCGAGGGACGCCGCGGGUCCAAGCUCGCCCUCUGAGCCGGGCUGGAGGCUGUUCGGCAGAGACUCACCCAAGCAGAUCAAGAGAGUUCUGAAGGAAAAUGAAAAGGCCAGUGGUUCUGCAUCUCCCAGACAGAGCGUGAGGAAACACCUGGAGUUUGAGCCUCUCUCCACCACUGCUCUCAUACUGGAGCACCGACCAGCGAAUCUCCCAGCGAAGCCGGCUGAAGAGGCUGAGAAACACAAACAGCAGUAUGAAGAGAUGGUGGCUCAAGCCAAAAAGCGAGAACUGAAGGAAGCACAGAAAAGAAGGAGGCAGCUGGAGGAGAGGGUGCGAUUAGAGGAUAGCAUCGGUAACGCAGCGCUGACCUGGAGUCAGGAGAUCCUUCCGAACUGGAUCAGCGUGCGCAGCUCUAAACGAGUGAGGGAUUUGUGGUGGCAGGGAAUUCCCCCGAGUGUGAGAGGACGAGUGUGGAGCCUCGCCAUAGGCAAUGAGCUCAACAUCACACCUGAGCUGUACGAUAUCUGUUUGGCGAGAGCGAAGGAGAAAUGGAGCGCUUCACCAUCAGUCAGUGCAACAGAAAGCGACACAGGAGACGCGGGUUCGUCUCACGCGGAUCGCGAGGCGAGUUUGGAGCUGAUAAAGCUGGACAUCUCCAGGACGUUCCCCAGCCUCUGCAUAUUCCAGCAGGGAGGCCCUUAUCACGAUGUGCUGCACAGCAUUCUGGGAGCUUACACCUGUUACCGGCCUGACGUCGGAUAUGUACAGGGGAUGUCGUUCAUUGCUGCAGUGUUGAUCUUGAACAUGGCCACCGCCGAUGCCUUCAUUGCUUUUGCCAACCUGCUGAACAAACCAUGUCAGAUGGCCUUCUACAGAGUGGACCACAGCCUUAUGCUGACAUACUUCGCUGCAUUCGAAGUGUUUUUCGAAGAAAACCUACCUAAGCUAUUUGCACAUUUCAAGAAUAACAACUUGACGCCUGAUAUUUAUCUCAUUGACUGGAUCUUCACUCUGUACAGUAAGUCCCUGCCACUGGACGUUGCAUGUCGCGUGUGGGACGUGUUUUGCCGGGACGGUGAGGAGUUUCUCUUUCGCACCGCCCUCGGGAUCCUGCGUUUCUAUGGUGACGUCCUCACGCACAUGGACUUCAUCCACAUUGCGCAGUUCCUGACGCGGCUUCCGGAGCAGAUCUCCACACACGCGCAGUCGCAUACACUUUUCUCCUGCAUCGGCAGCGUCAACAUGAGCUGCAGGAAUAGGACGUGGACACAGGUGCUGCAGGCUCUGCAGAAAGGGUCGGAGCAUUCCAGUCCAGUGCUGAAACAUUGACGUAUCAGGCACUUGCACGGAGGCUAGGACAAUGUGUGUGUUAAAGAUUAAACCUAAGACUCAGGACCUCUUCUCCAGCUACUGGAAUUCAACAAUUUUAUGACUAGUGGAAGACAAAGGCAUCAGACUUUUUGCAGCACUCACAAUCACAUUUCCCAAAUCUUUAAAUCAGACACUGGCGGCGAGAGAGAGAGGUCAAAAAUUGGUUAAGAAAAACAACCUAGUGAACAAUCAGAUUGUUGGUCAUGAUAACCCCAUACUACUGCACUAAAUCAUAGGUUACUUUAAUAAUAGGCACUAUAGGUACAUUUUUAUUCAAAAGUCAGCGUGACUUCCUUAUGCACAGAGCACACCUGGCAGGUUGGAACUAGUUCUUCAGCAUCAUGUUGGUGUGUGAUGAUGGCCAGUGGAUAAGCAAAUAACACACACUGUAUUUAUAAUUUAUCCAGACUGCUGUUAUGGACGCUGAUCAGUACGUCCAUCUCUUGUUAUACUGCGUUGUGUAUACACUGUAGGGUCAAAAAUAUGCAGACACCUGACCAUUAGAUCUAUAGGUGUUUUUUUUUUUCCCCAAGAAUUGACAGAAUGUCUGUAGCAUUACAAUUUCCCUAAGAACUGAUCCAGCAUGAAGGCUUAAAUUCAGCUCCAUGAAGAUCUCGAGCAUUCUGCACUGAGCCUUGAGUGAGAACAUCAGCUUUGGGAUAAAAUGGAACUGGAGCCUCUUCAAUUGAUCCCAACACUGACUCACUAAUAAACACAAAUUUACUAGAAAGCAUUCUCAUUAUUAUAUACAGAACAGGAUGUUCAACAAGCACUUAUAGGUGUGACGGUCAGGGGUGUGCAUACUUUUGGCUGCAUAAGGUAUAUCUUAAUUUAUGUUUCUGCAUUUUGUCUGAAUCCCAUCUUUUUGUGAUUUGUGUUUGUACACUGUAUACUGUUUAAAAAAAAAGUGUUUGGUUUGAGGUUGA